AUGUUUGAAUUGUGGAGAGUUUUGUUCAAGCAGGGAGUCAUUUUUGAAGUCGCACUUACUUUCGAUGAAGUGUCCUUGGUGUUAUCUUUUGUCGUCGGUGAUGUAUCUUUCAGUUCCUCAGUUUCAUCUAGGCCAGCAUCCCCCGGUUUGCUGUCAAAUUUGUCGAAGCGCUUGAAUACGAGUGCUGAGCUGUUGAUUACUCGCUGUGAAAACGGAACUGUUAGCAUCGGUAUCAACUUGAAUUUGUCAACUCGGGACCUUGGAAUACGAGGUGUUCCCGAAAUCGAGCCUCAGCAGGAUCUGUCGUCGCUUGUGGCUGAUUCGCCUUUCGAAAGAGUGCUAUCUCGCUCAAAGUGGAUUGAGUUUCCAAGAUGUCAGCGUCUUCCAGAAGAUUGGGACAACAUAAUUUCUGGCUGUUGGGUUGAAAAACCACUCCUAAAUUAUGCCACCGCUGUUUUGUUUGCUGGUUGUGUUCUAUACAAUCCGCAAAACAAGAAAGCAGUUCUCUGUUUGGUUGCAGAAUCCUAUGGUCGAGGUCGCGACGUUGACGUUCACGCUGAGAAACCCAUUUGCAUUGGUGAAGGUGUUUCUUCAAUCUCCCAGCCUUCAACCUCCGGUUUAUACCCCCAUGCUACCGUGUGUCGUAUUCAGCACGACAAGAAGGACCAUCGCCUUGUUCUUGGUUGCAAGACCUUCAACGUCCUUUUCACUGAGGUUUGGCGAUUGGACAAGGAUUGUUCCUCCGAACGCGCGUUCACUGCUGGUUCUUGCUCCAGCGCGUUUCCUCUUGUGGGCAAUGAGAAAGUCAGAAUCUUCAUUGAUGAACGUUCUUUUAAUCUGGCGUCAGAUGUUGCCUCUGGCAAAUACGUUCCGCGGUUCCAAAUCGACUACCUUCGGCAGAUCCGAUCUCACCUCUGUUCGGCGCACUCUUAUCGAAUGGGUCGAGCCUCAUGUCCGUUACUAUGGAAUAUGGUGUCUGCCCAACCAGCAACCAUUUUUUCGCUGUCUAUGGUCCGUCCGGGGUCUGGAGAUGGUCCUUUGGUGUCCUCGCUUCUAAGCCGUAUGGCCAAGGACGUGAAUUUAAAUGGAAGAAAUGCUGUUUUGCAGAAAGAUGAACUGUUGGAUGUUUUAGGUGGGGUUGUCGAUGGUCAGGCCUUCCAUGUGUAUCUCUGCAAAAUCUUGACUUUGUUCGGAGACAAGGAUGAGAUCAACAUUCUUGCUAAUGACUCUUCCGUUGGCCUUGAAAAGUUGUUGGGUUUGCUUGCAGGUUGCAUGUCAAGCGCUUUGUACAGCUGCAACAGAGACGUGGUGGUCCCAAUGGUGAGACAAGAGUUGUUCCGACUCUCGUGGUAG